GCAGCGGGACCCCAGCUUCCCCGCCGCCCUCGCGCCCGGGCGUUGUGGACGCUGGAGCGGCUGCCCGGCUGUAUCAUGGUGACCCCUUGCCCGGCCAGCCCCGCCGCGGGAGCCGGGAGGCGGCCCGGGCCUCAGAACCUCGGCGCCCCGGUGAAGAAGAGCAGGAGCCCGCGCCUGAGGAGGAAGGAGCCGCUGCGGCCGCUCAACACGUGUUCGCUCCGGGGAGACUCCGGCGUCUGCGACCUCUUCGAGUCGCCCAGCUCCGGCUCGGACGGCGGGGACAGCCCCGCGGCGCCGGCGGCUCGGGAAUGCAGCUCCCGGCUCGGCUCGGCCCGGCCCCUGACCGUGCUAGACCUCCAGAUCUUCCGAGACUACGGCCAGACGUGCUACGACUUCCGCCGGGCGCAGGAGAGCCUCUUCCACCCGCGGGAGGCGCUGGCGCAGCAGCCGCAAGUGACUGCAGAAUCCCGCUGCAAGCUGCUCAGCUGGCUCCUGCCGGUCCACCGCCAGUUCGGCCUCUCUUUCGAGUCGCUGUGCCUGACGGUGAAUACCCUGGACCGGUUCCUCCUCACGACCCCGGUAGCUGCAGACUGCUUCCAGCUGCUCGGGGUCACCUGUCUGCUCAUCGCUUGCAAGCAGGUGGAGGUGCACCCACCCCGAGUGAAGCAGCUCCUGGCCCUGUGCGGAGGCGCUUUCUCCCGGCAGCAGCUGUGUAACCUCGAGUGCAUCGUGCUACACAAGCUGCACUUCAGCUUGGGCGCACCCACCAUCAACUUCUUCCUGGAGCACUUCACUCACGCGCGCGUGGAGGCGGGUCAGGCCGAGGUCACGGAGGCUUUAGAAGCCCAGAGCCUGGCCCGGGAAGUGGCCGAGCUGAGCCUGGCCGAUUACGCUUUCAGCACCUACACGCCGUCCCUGCUGGCCGUCUGCUGCCUGGCGCUGGCUGAUCGAAUGCUGCUGCGUCCGCACCCGCUGGACCUCCGCCUGGGAGAGCACCCGGAGGCGGCGCUGCAAGACUGUCUGGGCAAGCUGCAGACGCUGGUGUCCCUCAACAGCACCUCCCUGACUCACAUGCUGCCCCCCCAGAUCUGGGAGAAGUGCAGCCUGCCCCAGAGCUGGAAAUGAACAGCACACCUUGAGCUCCCUUUAGCGGCCCCGCCCCGGCUCUGCGCCUUCAGGGGAGUGUGCAGCUUCGCUCCAAAGACAAGUUCAGGACUCCUACUUGUAAAUAGUGUACAAUAACGGAACCUCUUAGUUUAUUUAUUUUGCAGCACACGAGGGCAGGGCGACAGUCCUCCUGGCUUUUGAAAAUGCUACUGAGGAUGUGUCUGCCCUUCACGGGUGAAGUCGGUCAGGGUGGUUGCCAAUUUCAGAAGCUCUCCCUUGCUCCCACAACUUCACUCUGUAGUUAGCUCUGUGAGAACGACCUGGGGAGAUUUUAUGUGCCACAGUUCCAGGAAUCAGACAAGUCAAAGUUGCUUGUCCGUGUCUGAAUCCCCUCCAGUCAGGAGGCUGAGCCCCUCCCCCACACAGUGACCCAAGGAGCAUGAGGCAGAGUCAGAAGUCACCGCAGUCUGCUGUCUGGAAGGCUGCACUCACCGACGCGGAGCUGUGCCUCCGCGAAGCUCUGCGGCCCAGGCAGGCAUAUUAGCAGUGGGCGAAUCGAGAGAGAAUCCCUGGUGCAACCCAAGAAACGUCGGGAGGUUUUUGCAUACUGUUGCAGCUGUUGCAACCUGGGCCAUUUCCUCGGAAGUUCUACCCGGUUCAGCUCACACUGCUGCAUGAGCCCAGGGUGACAACCGCACGACAGUAAUAAAGAAUAUACU